AUGGCACUCAACUUUCUACCCGGACAGCCUAAUUGUACUCAACAAACUGUAUGCCAAAGUUCCUGGCAGGAUCAUACGCUGCUAGCGUACUGCUCAGGCAACAAUCUCAUUAUUUUAUCAAACAAUUUCAGUCGCCUUCAGACCAUUUACUUCGACCAUGACUGCUGCGCUGUUGCCAUUGAUCCAUCCAAUGGCCAUAUAGCGGUUGCCAAUGGCUCAAAAGUUACAGUGUACAAACCGUUGCAUCAGGUAAUGAGAAACCCCAGAUGGGUUUAUUGUACUGAGGUAUUUCAUGACGAUUCCACAGUGAAUUGCGUUAGCUGGGGUCUAAAUAAAGAACUGGCGGUAGGGUCUGAUUAUCUCUCAUUUUGGAAAAUACGGGACGAAUUUGGCCAUUUCACACCAUCUCUUUUAUGGACCAAGAAACAAUUUCAUCCAGUGUACCGCUGUGCGGUAUCGGAGGAUUCACAAGUCAUUGCAAGUGUGCACAAGUAUAGUCCCACAGUACGACUUUGGAGGCGAAUAUCGCUGGGUGAUGAUAGAGAACUCUUCGAUUUAACCCUUAUUUCGCAUCCCGGGAAUGUCACUUCAUUCAGAUGGAAGCGCUCUAAGAACUUAUGCGAUCAAGAAAAGGAUUCGCAUGUCUUUUACACAUUGUGUGAAGACGGUAAGCUAAGGAUUUGGACUUAUUUCGAGAAUAAUGGGCGCAAGACGAUUCAAAAAUGGGGGAGCCUUGAGUUGAGCCCGCAAAAGGAUCAGAGGUUUUGCUUCAUAAUCGACAGCUGGCUUGUACAGCAAGCUUUGCAGGGUAGUAAAAUCCCAAAUCUUGAAUACUACUCAGAGAUUCAUCCAGACAUGGCGGUGAUAGCUAAUGGACACGGACAAUUGGAAUUCCACGCGCUGGAAAACCUGUCCCAUAACCCACCGAAACUGAUGAGCCAUCAAAUUGUCGCUACUACCGAAGUUCCUCCGGCAGUUUUCGUUCAUGAACCAAAAUAUCUUUAUUUUGCUGAACCUCAAUUGGCAUACGUAGACAAAAAGGGUCUGUCCAUUGUUGUUCAUGAUGUCAGAGGUGUUUUGCGACAUUCUCAGUUGCGUUUGGAAAAUAUUUUAGAGGGCCAUGAUUCAAGUUCCACGACUUUAUUACACAAAUUCACAGGACAUAACAAGUCAAUUCAAAAACUCGUCAGAAGUAGCAACGGAAAAGCUAUGAUGACGAUAUCUAGAUUCACGGAAAAUUGCAUUUGGGUGCCUCAAAAUUUAUCAAGCGGUGUAUCUCUGCGCAAAAAAAAUAUCAUAGUUUCCGAAGGGCCCUUGCUGGAUGCUGUGGUUCUCGAGAGCGGGAAUCUGGUGGUGACCUUAUCACAGAAUUUUAAGUUACAGGCUUGGGAGUGUCCUAAUGAUCGCGCAAGCAAAAAGUCUCAGCUAAAGGCCGAAUACAAACUUGAUCUUUCGAAAGGUGUGCCGAGGUUAAUGCUGAACAUGCCGGAGAAAGUACAUCACCACGACCGGCAUUUCGUUGGACUCAUUUAUUCAUCAGGUGAAGUUUUGAGCUUUAAAGUAACUUUUGGGGGAGGAAUUGUGCCUAUUCCUACUAAUUCGCUAGACCUUGGCCAGGAAAAGGGCAUCUAUUUGAUUUCUUCCAUUGAUCCUGUAAACUACGGGUUUUUUGCCGGAAGAUCCUUAGUUUCAAUAAUUUCCAAAAGUGGAAUCAUUCGAGCUUUCAAAUGCAUAAUCAAAGACGAUAGUGUGUUCUGGAAGCUGAGUUACUGUGUUGAUACAAACCUCAAUGAUAGUGUGCUAAUAAGCGGGUCAUCCAUCGAUAAAAUUUGCGUUGUUGAUAGGUCAGGAAAAAGGCUAACUAUUUGGGAUUUGAGGAGAGCGUUCUUGGAGUAUGAAAAGGCGUUUGAAAACCCAGUAAGAGAUAUCGACUGGACAAGCACCAAAUUUCGCGAAACCAUUUUUUCAGCUGGCUUUUCCGACCAUGUCUUAUUGUUUACUCAGCAAAGAUAUGACUACACUAGCAAAAUUCCUAGUUAUGCGCCUGUAGGAGAAAUUGGACUCAAGGAGCACACAACACAUGCUGUAGGCGACUCUAUCUGGCUGACUGACGGAACUUUUGUCGUUGCGUCCGGCAACCAACUUUUCAUCAAAGACAAGCACCUUGACAUGAGCGAUAGGCUCACGAACCAAUCAGUUGGGUCAAGAAGGAUCCUUUCAAAUGACAUUAUGCAUCUGAGCAAUGUAUUGAAUGGACCUUUACCAGUAUAUCAUCCUCAGCUGUUGAUCCAAGCUUUGUACACAAACAAAGUUAAGCUAGUCAAAGAGAUUUUGCUGCGCUUGUUUUUGGCUCUUAGAAAACUUGAAUUUAAUUCUGGAGAAAUGCUCACUUUAGAGGCUACGUUGGGGCUGCCGUAUGAAAAGUUUGUGUGUCCUAACGAGGAAGCCUACCAAGCGGAUGAAUAUUCAGAGCCUUAUAAGGCGUUCAGCAGUUUGGUCGCUUCUUCACUGAGGGACAAGCUGAUAAAGCAUGCAUUACCUUUUAUAACGCGCCAUCAACAGGUAACGUUGAUCACUGUUAUAGAGGCGAUCGAGGAGAUAGAUAAGAACAGCGAGGCCGUAGACGCACCUGGUAAUUUAUUCAUUUUAGGUGUUAAGCUGUUUGAGCUGCACAGAAAAACCCAGGCAUCAAUUAACGUUCGAGAUUCACUAUGGGCUUUAUAUUCUAACAGCAAAAGAGUACUGUUUUCUACCAUUUUGCCAACCAUUGACUCUUGGGAACGCGGGCGGCAAUACAAAAUUAGUUUUUGGGCAGAACGUGAAGAUCUCAUGGCGUCAUUCGAUAAGAUUGCUAAGCACGAGUUUACGCAGGGGACCGACAGAGAUCCAAGAAAAUCAGGUUUAUUUUAUUUGACUUUAAAGAAAAAGCAGAUACUCUUAAGUUUGUGGAGAGUCAGUGCUGGCCAUCCUGAGCAGCAAAAAAUGCUGAAGUUCUUGAAUAAUGACUUCAAGGAGGAAAGAUGGAGAAAAGCUGCCUUAACAAAUGCCUUUGUUCUUUUGAGUAAGCAUAGAUUUGUUGACGCAGCCUGCUUCUUUCUUUUGGCUGAUUCUCUGAAAGAUGCUGCCAAUGUCAUUUUAAAGCAGAUGCAGGAUUUGGCUCUCGCAGUGGGCGUUUGUCGCUUAUACGAGGGCGAGCGCGGCACUGUUCUUUGUGAUUUAUUGAAAUCUGCAGUCCUACCGCAGGCGAUUGUGGAUAAUGAUAGAUGGAUAACAAGUUUUAUCUAUCAUAUAUUAGGAAAGCCCAAUAUCGCUCUGAAGGCCCUUGUCAUGUCACCCAUAAACCUCGAAUCAAACAACGAGCUGGUCUCCCAAGAGGACAUUAUAAUAAAGUCAUUCCUAGUUGAAGAUCCGGCCUUAUUGAUGCUAUAUGCUCACUUGAAAGAAAAGAGUGACGAGUACUUCAGUGCUUACCUGGAGGUUGAUGAGGGUCUUGAAUAUCGUACAGUUCACAGGGUCUCUGCGUUAUACUCAAGGAUGGGAUGCGAUUAUCUUGCGCUCUCUUUAGUCAUGAAUUGGCAAUUCCCUGACAAAACACGACAUGGUCAAGAGAAACAAUUGCAGGAGAAAAAGUGGGGCGCUAGCGCCUCCCCUCAGCAUGAACACUGGCAGCAUAAAGCCAGGUCAAUAUUCGACAAAUUUGAUAAUAUACCACAUAGUGCUGAGUCAACCACUCAAAUUGGUUCUUUGAUGCCCGAAGCUAAAAAUCUGCUGGACCAAUUCGGGGAUAGUCCAAGAAACCCAACAACAAAUUCUAGCGGGUUAUUCAGCAUGGAGUGCGAUGGAUUCACCUCUGCAACUACUCCAGCUUCAAUAAAGAGUGAAGCGACGACCGAAGCCAUGAACAGCCCCCCAACACAGCCCACCAAACCUAGAAAUCUGCUGGAUGACUUUUUUUAA